GGAUGAGGCUCCUCCAGCCGUUGGCCGACUGUCAGUUCCAUUCGCGACGUCGUCCAAGAUCCAUUGUCUCACAUUCUCUCCUCUCUCUCCUCUCUCUCUCUCUCCUUUUCCUAUUUAUUUCCCCCUUUGGCACUUUGAUUCGAGAGAGGAAUAACAAGUCCAAGGCGUACACAACCUCUCCAACGCAAGUCGGUUUGUUGUCUUCUGUACCCGACCCGAAAACAAAUCUCGGCCCGUCGAAAUUCCAUUGGCGAAUCAGAGCCGAGACGAUGGCCGACGAGACUUCGUCCGCCUCAUCGGCUUUCUCGCCGCUUUCCGGUGGCUAUUUGCUGAUCGUCCUCAGUGAGCCGCACAGCGAACAGCACAAGCAAGUCCUACUAGAACAUCUCGCCAAAGGACUGGCCUCGUGGGACAGCGUCGAAACGCAGAUCGAUAUCGAGUCGGAACUCCGCAACAUCGCGACCCAAUGCCCCAACGGCGAAGAAGUCAGGAACGGAGAGAAACUGAUCCAGUUGGCUUCCGACUCGCUCGUCACUGAGAUCCUCAUCCAGCCGCAGUUGAGCACGCUCAAGCAGUGCAUGCGCAAUCUUCUAGCCUCGUUCACGCGCCAUCGGCACGUUAUUCACGCCGGCUACACAUUGUCAGGACCUGGAUCCUGGAUUUUACAAGAUGGAACCUACGAUUUUGGCGACUUUAUGCACAUCGUGCAAGACCCCGAAAUCCAGCGGCUCUAUCGAGCCUACGAAUCGAGCAUCACGAUGGACCUUCACUGCGCCGACGAGGGUCAAUGGAGCGCCGAGCAGAUCAAUCAGGAUCCUGCCAUCAAAGCCGCCAAGAUAUCCAUCAACCCGCCCGGUCGAUUGAGCGCCGCCGAGUCGCAGAGCCAACAAGACGCCGUCAAUUCUUUUAUCCGAUACAUUUCCGACAUUCUGCCGUCGGUGACGUUGGAUCAUCUCCUGGAGCCAUCCGACGUCGUUGGCAACAUCCGGUUCAAUCACCCGACCCUCUACGUCUUCCCAGGCGGACAGGGAGACUCUGCCCUCUUCGGCAUCAGCGGAUUCAACAUUCUCGUCGAUGGAGGAUUCGGACGCAAGCCCUGCUUCUGGGAUUUCACCCGACACUUGGACCGGCUCGACGCGGUCGUCAUGACACGGAGCAAUGCCAGCUCUCUCAGCGGCCUGACUGGGGCCAUCUGCCGCAAAGCCGCCAGCCCCGUCUACCCGCAAAUGGGUCACAUCUUCUGCAAUCUGCCACAGGACGGUGAAGUUGACCUCGGUGACAUUGACCAGCAGAUCAAUGCGGCCGACUCUACUUCCGAAUCGCUCACUGUCAACAUCAAUGAUCUAUGCCGGGCCAUGUCGGCCGGACUUGGAGCUUUACAGCUCAAAGCACAGCCAAUCUAUCGCUCUGCCACUCUGGAGCCCAUCAAUCUCUACCACAAGGUGGGGCACGGAACACUUGACAUGUUCAUCGUCAGUCCCAGCGCCAACAGUCCCGAGGUCAAGGAGCUCAUGCGUCUCUGGCGUUCUGGAGACGUUUCGACGGCUUUCCGAACCAUCAAAAUGGGCGGCAAAGAAUUCCGCAUUCCGCUGCUGGACAUUGUCUCGGUUUGCGCCCUGCUGGUGUGGCAGCCGGCCGAUCCCAACGAGCCCGUCACUCGCCUCCUGUUCCCGGGCAGUGCUCCUCAACACAAGAUCCUCGAAGGGCUGGAAAAGUUCCGUCAAUUGGAAUUCCUCAAGUCGCCCGUUUUCAUGGCCAAAGAUGUGGCCGCUCCGCCGUCCGCCGUCAUCACUCCGUCAUCCACGUCCAGCGCUUUCACCAAGAGCCCAGUCAAGACGAAGAGCACUUCGUCGCCUCGUCACACCCCAAUUGAACCAGUUCCUGUCAAAGCUUCGGCCGUCCGCAAGGAAGUGAGCAGCAAGCCGCCGCCCAAAGCGGCUGAUCAUUCCGGCAGCAAUGCCAAUUCCAAAGAGGCGGAUGCCAAGCCACGUCCGGCCCCUAAAGUCAUCAAGGCUGAUGUCCUGAGCAGCUCGUCGAGAACGGGCAGCACCGAACUGCGCGCCAAGAAAGCGGAAGCCAAGCCAACGACAGCGGCGCCCAUCAAAUCAACGACGACGACGACAGCGGCUAAGAAAGAGACUGCCAUGUCCGUCAACGGCGAGACCAAUAAAACGCUGGCACCCAAAAUCAAAAAGGAUGUGGCCAACAUGAAAAUGGUCGAGGCCAGAGUUCACUCGUUCAAGAGUUCGGCUUCGUUGAAACGGGCCGAAGAGAUCACCAAGAAUAAAAAACCCGGCGAUGACAAGGACAUAAAAGACAAGGUUCAAAGAAGUCAGAGCCAAUCCCGCGAGAAACGCUCGGCUUCCACCGUUCGAGGACAGCCAGCAGAUGAAGACAAGACGAGGGUUAAACUGGUCAAGAAGAUUGCUCCUUCGACAACGGAGGCGACGCCGGUCAGCCCUGCCAAAACGAUGACCAAACCCAUCAAGGCCAAGCCCAAGGAGACGAGCAAACCAGCCGAACCCAAAGCUCCCGUCGCCAAGGAGCCGUUAAAGAAAGACAAGCCAGCGGCUCCUAAACCUAAACCCGCAGCAGCUAAAGAGACUCCUAAACCGGCUCCAAAGGCCCCGGCCGCUUCAUCGUCGUCGUCGACUCCAUCAGGCAAAGCUGUCAAGCGACCAGUGAAAGCUGCCGCUGCUGCUGCUGCUGCCGUCGUUGGAGCUGCUGCAGCUGUUGUCGCUGUGGCGGCUGUCACCACGGAGGAACAGCCAACUGAAGAGCAGCCAGCCGUUGUCGAAGAGGAUUUCAACGCGGCUGAGGCCCCUCAGGCGGCCAGCUCACCAAAGCAAGACACACCGACCGAAGAUGGAGGCCAAGUGCCGGAUGAAACGAGCGUUCUGGAAGCGAUUGAAAGCCAGAUUUUGGAGGAUGUAGAAGCGGUCGAACAGGAGUCGCAACACGAUUCUGAACCAGAUCCUGCCAACGCGGAAGAUGAGGUCGAAGAAAAAGAAGAAGAGCAAGCCGAAGAACAAGCCGAAGAACAAGCCGAAGAGCAAGCCGAAGAGCAAGCCGAAGAGCAAGCCGAAGGCUCAGUCGCCGGAGAAGUCGCUGAUGCGGAUGAGGCGGAGGAGAGCGCCGAAAAAGAUGAGGAAGAGGUAGUGGAAGCCGAUGAGGAAGAAAUCGCCCAAGUGGAAGAUGGCGGAGAUGAAGGGGUCGGAUCUGAGGAGCCCGAAGUUGCUGACGCGGUGAUCUCCGAGGAAGUUGUCCAGACGGAAGAUGCUGAAGCGGACGCCGAGACAGAAGAUGCCGAAGUAGCCGUGACGGAUGAAGUUGUGGAGGAAGUCGCCGAGCAAGUCGCUGAGGAAGUCGCUGAGGAAGUCACCGAGGAAGUCACCGAGGAAGUCGCCGAGGAAGUCGCCGAGGAAGUCGCCGAGGAAGUUAAAGAAAAAACAGAUGACGAGGAAGUUAAAGAGAAAACAGAUGACGAGGAAGAAACCGUCCCAGAAACUGUUGAACCGGAAGAAUUCGACGAAAAAUCAGCCAACGAUAAGGAAGAAGUAGCUGACGUCGAAGAAAAUGGAAAACCUGACGACGUUGUAGAUGUUCAAGACGAAGAAGAGGUGGCCAAUGAAGCCGAAGAACGAUCGAUCGAUAACGAAGUUUCGGUGGACGUCGCUCAGGUUGACCAACGAUCCAACGAUCAAGAUGACAACCUCGAGACGGACGAAUGCCCAGAACCGGUGGAAGAAGAAGAAAUUCAGCCGGCUGUCUCGUCCACAUCGGUCGACGCUGGCAGACCCAAAUCAGCCUCUCCACAGCCGGUUGCAUCCGGAGAUGAGAUGGCCAACGUGAGCGAAAAUGACAUAAUCGAUCAAAUUGAACAAAGUCACAACUUGGAUGCUACCCAACAAGAAAGUCCAAAGGAACAAGUCGAAGAGUUGCAAGAACCCAGUGAAGAGAAAGAAGUUGUAGAUAAAAAGGAUGAAAAUGUCGAAGAUGACAAAGUCGAAGAUAAAGAUGAAAAUCUCAUCGAAGACCAACACGAAGAAAUCGCCACAACCUCGCCAGAGCCGGUGGAAGAAGAAAUUCAGCCGGCCGUCUCAUCCCAGUCAGUGGAAACUAGCAAACCUCUUUCUCCUUCUCCACAGCCAGAACCCGAAGAACAUCAAGACGACAAUGUCGAAGAUGUUGACAGGGAGAAAGAAGUGGAAGAAGAGGAAAAAGUCCACCAGGAAGAGAGCUCCUUAGAUCAUCAGACCAUUGACAAAGAACUCGACGAAGAAAAAGACAAAGAAGAAGAUGACAAACAACCGGAUGUGGUUGCCUCUCAGUUGUCUGGCCCAUGCGAUAGCUCUACCACUGAAGAGAUUCAAUCCAAAGAAAGCGCUGACGUUGUCUCUGAAAAAGUAGACAAUGUCGAAAAAGAAGAAGAAAUCGAUGACCAACAUGUUGAUGACCAACAUGAUAUUGAAAAACGCCAAUCACAUGAAUUGACUGUGGAGAGCACGGGCCACCAAGAGGAUGCCCUUUCAUCUCUCUCUUCCCUUUCCGACCUAGAACCAACGCCCGUCCUUGAUCGUUCCGGCGCUAGUCUCUAUGAAGAAGAACAGCAGCUAUCUUCGAUGGAAUCCCAACCGGAAUCUCAUCAAUUCACACAAAAGUCCGCCCCACAGAUGGAGGAGUCUUCUCCCAAAGAUAUGCAACAGACUACCAAGUCGUCGUCCUUAGCAGUGGUCGACGAUGAAUCUUCCGGCCCAUCGUCAGUUGAAGUCGAAGAAGAAUUCAAAGCAGAAAUCGUUGUUCGACCCGUUCCUAUUUCCGUCCCGUUAGACGAUUUUGUAGCUCCACAUCAACCAGCACCUAGCCCUCCUGUAGUCAAAUCUCCAGUCAAAGAAAUUCCUACCCCUCUGGUGCUGGACGAAGAGGACGAUGGUGUAGAAGUAGAGGAGGAAGCCUUCCAGCAGGAAAUCAAAACCAAAGAUAGUGCCGUGCCCAUCACUCCCGUCGAAGAAGAUCAGGGCGCUUCUUCCUUCAGCUACGAGGAGCCGCAAGGACAGAGUGAGGAUCGACAGCUCCCAUCUAGCCAAUUCAACUCGGAUAAGAAAGAAGAAUCAGCAGUUGACGGUACUGCAGUCUCCCGUUCCAAAGAGGCCGAAGCGGAGGAAUUCCGUGCCUCCAUCGACAACCAGUACGGUGAUUUCAUGAAAACUCCAGCCACUGAGGAAAAGUCCAAACAGAAGACGCCAGAGGAGAAACCAUCGACAGAAACGACCGUUGAGAAAAAACAGCCAGAAGAGAAAUGUGAGGCGGCAGUAGAGAAGAAAACCGAAGAAAAGAUUUCUUCUCCAGUAGAAGCAAAAUGCGCUGCUGUUGAAGAAAAGAAGAGCGAGGAAGUAAAAAAAACCACUCCCGAAGUCAAACCCGCCGAGAAGGACGAGGAGGAGGAGGAGGUUGAAGAAGAAAUUGUUUCCAAGGUAGUAGACAACAAAUCCGUCAAAGCUGAAAAGGUCGAAGAAUCCAGCGUUAAAGAAAUCGCCAAAUCGCCUGAAACGAAGCCAUUGGAUGAAUCUGAUAUCCUUGAGAUGAUUGUGGGAGAUAUCGUGACCGAAAAGGUUGAAGUCUCGACGACGGACGACAAGUCUGCUAAAGUUUCUGUUGACUUGGAAGCUGAAGUUGUCAAGACCAGCGAGCCCAUCGUUGAAAGUUUCCAAGCGGUUGACUCUGAAUCAACUCAAUCGACAAAAGACGCCGAUUCUCAUGAAAGUUUCCUGGAUAAAGUCAAAAACUUUGUCGAGGAUGUUAAAAGUUCUUUCGUAGAAGAUGUCAAAGUGUCCAAAAUGGAUACAAAGCCAGUGGAAUCGCAGGAGAAAGAGAAAGUCUCGUUGGAAGAGACCAAAGAAGUGUUUAAGAAGGAAGAACUUUCCAUUGCAGUCCACGCUAUGGAAGCCGAAGCCCAUCCAACUGAAGAUAUUGAAAAGAAAAACGUUAAGGAUUCCAUCCCAGAGGUUCCUAUUCAAACUACAGAUACCAAAUCAGUCAAAUUCGACGAAGUUGAAGUACCGCAAGUUUCGGGAAAAGAGAAAAGCUUCAUUGAAGAGGUGGUUCAGAAGAUCUGCUCAGUCGAACUUGUUGAAAAGGUUAGUGAAUGCCUUACCAAAGAGAAGGAGCCUACUGGAAUGGCAGCCAAGGAGGAAGAAGAGGAGUCUGUUCCAGUGUUUGAAAAAUGCGAGAAAUACGGAAAGACUGAAAAAGAUGUCUUAGCUGUAGUCGAGCCCAUGCUACAGGCAACUACUGAAACUGUUGUUUUAUCAGCGGAAGUGAAAUCCCAGCGAUCCUCUACUUCUGAAGCAGCUCCAUUGGAACUUGAGUUGGAUAUUCCCGAGAGAAAGCUUUCCAAUGUUUCGGCAUCGUCGGUCACUUCAGUGGAAAAGGACGCGAUAGUGGAAGCAGUGGUGUCUGAAAUUAAAACAACAGUUAGCGAAUCUGAAAAGAAGAUGGCAAAUAUUGAGUCUGAAAUUAAAUCGGCAACUAUUGAGACUGAAAUCAAGUUGGCAGCUAUUGAGGCUGAAAUUAAAUCGGUUUCCACUGAGGCUGAAAUUAAAUCGGCAACUAUUGAGACUGAAAUUAAGUCGGCAACUAUUGAGUCUGACAUUAAAUCGGUAUCCACGGAGGCUGAAAUUAAGUCGGCAACUAUUCAGGCUGAAAUUAAGUCGACAACUAUUGAGACUGAAAUUAAAUUGGCAGCUAUUGAGACUGAAAUUAAAUCGGCAUCCACUGAGGCUGAAAUGAAGUCGGCAACUAUUGAGUCUGACAUUAAAUCGGUAGCUAGUGAACCAGUCACAGAUACUACCGACCUCGUAUUCGUUGCUCCGGUCACUGCCAGCUCACCCAUCGAUGGGCCAGAACUUCUGAAAGAACUCACGUUCCCACAAGGAUUGCCAUCCAAAUCGGAAACUGACUCCUCUCUUAACUCUCUAGUAGAUGAGAUCAAAGAAACCAUUCAAGAUGUCAAAGUGUCACUUACUGAAUCAACAACCAAAUCGGAAACCGACAGCACUCCAUCUAAAGACAAAGUAGAGGAUGUUAAACAAAUCCUCGCUGACGUCAAAGAGACAUUGAAACUUGAAUCCGACAAUUCGUCUAAAUCUCAAGUGGAGGAGAUCAAAGAAAUUAUUCAUGCUGAUGUAAAGGCUACUCUAGAAUCGGCGCCAAAAUCUGAAACUGUUUGCCACUCCGUAGACGAAGAAGUCAGAGAAACCGUUGCAGAUGUCAGAAAGGCGUCCCUUGAAAUGACAUUUGAUGCUGAUUUAACCAAACCUAAAAUGGAGGAGGUCAAAGAAGUCAUUUCGGAUUUAAGAAAGGCGUCCCUUGAAAUGACAUUUGAUGCUGUCUUAGCCAAACCUAAAAUGGAGGAGGUCAAAGAAAUAAUUUCGGAUGCAAGAAAGGCAUCCCUUGAAAUGACAUUUGAUGCUGAUUUAACCAAACCUAAAAUGGAGGAGGUCAAAGAAGUCAUUUCGGAUUUAAGAAAGGCGUCCCUUGAAAUGACAUUUGAUGCUGAUUUAACCAAACUAAAAGUGGAAGAGGCCAAAGAAGUAAUUUCGGAUGUUAGGAAAGCAUCCGUUGAAAUGACAAUCGAUGCUGACUUGCCUAAAUCUAAAGUGGAAGAGGUCAAAGAAAUUAUUUCGGAUGUUAGGAAAGCAUCCCUUGAAAUGACAAUCGAUGCUGACUUAACCAAACCUAAAGCGGAGGAAGCCAAAGAAAUCAUUUCAGAUGUAAGAAAAGCCUCUCUUGAAAUGACAAUCGAUGCUAAUUCGCCCACAUCUAAAGUGGAAGAGAUCAAAGAAAUUGUUGCUGAUGCAAAGAAGGCAUCCGUUGAAACGGCAUCAAAAUCCGAGGCUGACUUGUACAAACCGCAAGUAGAGGAGAUCAAAGAAAUCAUCCAAGAUGUCAAAGAGGCGGUUGAAUCAAUGUCGAAAUCGGAAUCAGUGAUAGAAACCCAAGUACAGCAGGUCAAAGAAAUGUCCUUUGAAUCAUCAUCAAAAUCAGAAACCGAAGUCUCGUGCAAAAGCAAAUUAGAGGAAGCCAAAGAAAUCAUCCCAGAUGUAAAAAAGACAGAAGAAUUAGCGCUAAAAUGCGAAUCGAUCUUACAAGAAACCCAAGUUCAACAGGUCAAAGAAAUAACCUUGGUUGCAGAUUGUGAUGCCCAUUCAGGUUUGUCGUCCAAAGUAGAGGAAGUCAAAGAAACUAUCGAAGAUGUUAAAAAGAUGUCAAGUGACUUAUUUGCAUCAAAAAAAGAAACCGUAGAAGAAGUCAAAGAAGUUAUUCACGAUGUCAAAGAGACAUCAUCAUCUGCUGUUUCGAAAGUAGCCGAAGUCGCAGAAUCCUUGUCCCAAUUGGAGGCUAAAGUGGAAGUGAAAGCCGUCACUCCUGAGCCAGAAGUCAUUCCACAGGCCGCAUCCCAACUCAAGUGCGACCCACUGGCCAAUUUGCCAGUAGUCGCACUAGUUGAGACUUCCAAGAAUGUCAUCGAAGAAGUGAAACCGAAGAGCGCUGAUUUGGCUAAAUUAGAUGUCGUUGACAAGACGGAGCAAUUGAAACCGGAGACUAUUGAUUGCUCAAAUGUGUCUUGCUCAUCGUCGACUUCCGUCACGCCCAAAACGCCACUCUCGCCCAAUAUUGCCCGCCGAGAAGUCGCCGUUGAAUCAACGGUGAUUCCAGCAGCUGCUAAUUUGGAAUCCUUCGCGGCACCACCACCUACUCGAUUCGGAGACGACGUUAGAGACGUGAGUCAGCCAUCCAGUUUGGAUUCGAUGGAAGUCCAUUCCAAUUCUUCCACUUCUUUGGCUGGAGCCGAGAAACAACACGAAGAGGAUGAAGAUGAAGAUGUUGCAGCGACCUCACUGACGCCGACCAUCAACUACUUGGCAGCUGGAUACGAAGGUGUCAGCAUCAGCACUGCGAGCAAAUUGUCAACCAUAGCAUCGUCGGAUGGCGAAACUGAUGGAGCUCAACCUCCCAGUUUGGACAGCAACUGGUCAUCCAAGACGUUUGACAAAUUGACAUUGGCUGCUGAAUCCGGCGCUCGUCAUCAACCGGAAGAAUCGGCCUUCUCAAGCGGUCCAUCCAGCUGGGACGACAGAGAACCUGGUGCCCGACCUUACUAUGUCGUAUCUGAAUCGAUCAGUGACCGUUCGGCCACCAGCUCCAUCAUCUCCCAUGCUACCGACGACGAUUAUCCAGCUGAAAAGUUGGAUCGGCCGUCUUUGGUCAGCCACGUCGAACCUCGCAGCGCCACUGGCGAACUGAAUAUCAAAAAAGAAUUGGAUGUGGCGCCCGUCAGUCCUGUACCGUCCUCUCCAUUCAGCACCGAUCGCUGUAGCAGCCACGGUGACUUUGAAGCCAACAAAGAUUCUCUGUCCAGUAUCCAGACCUCGGAAUCGUCCGACUUUCACUUGGAAACCAAAGUGGAUGACUCGGCGUCCGCCAUCUCCAGCACCCGUUCAGACUAUUCCGAUGACCGAUCCGGCAGCAGCGUUGAUCCAACCCUUUUGCAACAGCAGCGGCUCGAGCAGCGAUCCCUGACGCCCCGUAGCGAUAUCAGCUGUUCGUCAGAGACAACUGACCCCGUUACGACAGCCAACACGACCCAACUGAUCCAACCGGGCCAGCAACAGACUCCCGUGGAUCUCAAAGCCAAUAGCAAAGCCGAGUUAGCCGAUCCCAAAUUGGCGCCGCACAACAUCUGGCUUAAAGAAAAGGACACAGCGUCGUCUCCGAAUCCAUUCACCGAUCAAUAUGCCGAUGACGAUACCGACCAUUCCGAACCGCUAGCCUCUUCCACACUCUACUACCAGCAACAGCAACAACCGCCAGUACAACAACAUCACCAACAACACCUGUCGGAUUUCGAGUCUGAUCGCCAUUCAGAUUCGCAAUCGUCGUCCGUUCCAGUUGCCGAGUACACGGACGAGUACUACGUUCAACAUUUGGAUUAUGUUGAAACGACCCAGAAAUCUUCCCAUCCGCAUCCAGACGAGGCCUCAGAUCAGGAAGCGUAUCUGUACGAAUCGGAACACGACGAUCAAGACCACCAUUACCAUCCCUACGCGACCAAGUACAGCGACUCGUACGACGAGGCUGAUCUCUAUCCGACGGAGGAGGCCAUCAACGACGACUACCGUCACAUUGGAGAUCACCAAAAUGGCAACUCUUAUCACUACUACGAAAGUGGUGAGAGCGCCACGACCGAGGAGGUCGUUGGCAAUUUGCACGGCCAGUACGAGGACCUGAACCGCAACGACCGCACGCCGACAAGAGACGUGCAGCAUCCCUACGUGGCUCCUGAUGUUUACGAAUCCGAGCCCGCAGUUAUCAGUCCGACCAGCAGACAAUUGGACGUCACGACAGCUGCGACCACAUCUUCUUCGCGUGAUGAACGAGUGUUGCCACAAACGUCACCUCUUCCCAGUCCACAGCCUCAUCCGCUUUCGCAACAGCUUUCGCCACAGCAGCAACAACAGCAACAACACGAAGACACAUUGGCUUCGUGGGGCAAGCCAUUGGGUUUACCAGCUCCUGUAGCUCCUGGUGUCGUCUUUUCCAGUAACGGCAGCAACGGUUCCCCGCUCAAGCGCCCAGCUACUGCAACCAACAACGGGCACAAAGCUUCCGACAAAGCCGCCAACGGCGCCAACAACGCUGCCAGCGCCCCAUUCUACGUCGAUUUGGCGUACAUCCCGCAUCACAGCGAUCCUCGAUAUUCGGACGUGGACUUCUUCAAGCGCAUCCGGGCUCGACACUACGUACUGAGUACUCUAGAGCCGUCCGCUCAAGUUCUUGACGCUCUUUUGGAGGGCAAACAAUCCUGGACUGGCGACGACAAAGAUUUAGACGUCACCAUCAUUCCCACCUACGACUCGGACACACUGGCUACCUGGGUCAGCGCCAACGAGGAUCUACUUGCCCGCAAUCGUAUUGAUUUGGCACCAUCAGCCUCCCGCUGCACGAUCAAUUUACAAGAUCACGAGACUUCUUGCUCGGCCUAUCGGCUGGAAUUUUAAGACGUCCGACUACUAUAAUUCCUCCCUCUUGUUUUCCUGUUGAGAUGUGAGAAAGGCUCCACCCUGCGUUUCCGUGCGUCGGAGAGUGAUUGAAUUGAAAAAGAAGUAACGAACAAAAAGAAAAAUCCCCUCCCCCCCAAAAAAAAAUAUUUGAAAGAAAUCCUGACGAGGUAGACUUUCCUUCCACUUUACUUAUGUAGUGAGCCGAACAAAAAAAAAAGAAACUUUCAUCUUAAUUUAUAUUUAUACUUUUCGGCAUUUCUCGAUAACCAUUGCGCCCUCUUUCAUAGAGCAGCAGCCUCCUCCGAUUAUUGCUGUGAUUUUUUUCUCGAGUUUAGAUAUUUGCCUGCUUCUUGUAUCACUCUCAAGAAACCUUAUUAAGUAGCUAUUAGGCUUGUUAUUUGAAUUGCAAUCCAUUUUUCUCCCCUUUUCUUAUUAUAUUUUCGGAAAAGUGGACACGAGAAGAAAGGAAAAUGUUUGUCGAGGCCAAUGUACGGGUAAAAUAUCAUCAGAGCUAAGCGCAAGCGGGACGACCGUCAACGUGGCGCCCCCAACUUGUGAGGACUUCCGGAUUUUAGUGAAAGAAGCGCAUCGCUUUGAUUUUUCAUUUCAAGGAUGAACAGGGAAUACUGAACGAAAUCAAAGGAACAUUUCUUACUCGACAUUUUCUUUUGUGCAGCAGCAGCAAUUCAUUAUUUUUUAUUCUAUUUCAUUUGCUCAUUCUUCUUUCAUUCAAACGCUUACAGAAUUCAAAGUGCUAUCCACAUUUGCCCAGGACGUCCGAACGAUACGGAAUAACCAUGGCGGGGAUUUCGAUUGAAACCACAUUAGAAACUCCCCUUCUAAAGUCGAUUGAUAUUCGCAAAAUUAAUGUGAUAUGAGCGAAGGCGAAAAUGAAGAGACACAGGAGCUGAAGAAACGGAUCGGAAUUACCGAUUACCCUCCCAUAUCUGGCGAUCAGUAACAAUCACACAAGAGCACAGCAUUUGUCAGGGAUUCCUUCUGUAUCACCCCAUUCCCCCACUUCCUUUUUAAUUUCAAAAACAAACAAAAAAAAAGAAUUAAAAAAUCCUUGACAAACAGGGCGAGAAUUGCAGCCUCCGAUGUGAUAAAACUUAAGAAAAAUUAAAAGCUCAUCUAGUGAUGGAAGUAGCUGCGAAUUUGAUGCCGACACCGAAAGCCAACGCCCCGAUUCCUGGCAAUAUGCGUAGAUAUGUGCAAGGAAUGAUUUAAUUUUCACUUAUGAUUUCCAAGUGGCUGAAACGACACACACAUAGAAAGAGAAGAGAGACAGAGAGAGAGAGAGAGAGAGAGAGUCAAGUGCGGCGAGAAAUGUGAGACACCCAAGUGCAGCUUUUUCGUGAUUCAUGCGUGCGAUAUGGACAAAAUGUUCACGAACUUAAAACCAACCCGAACCGAGAGAAAAAAAGACGAGACCCUUUUCAAGCGAGAAACGUUCCCCUCCACCCACACAUCCCUCACCGAAUCUUCUACAUCCCGACAGAAACCAACAAGCAAAAGAAACUCGAAUAUAAUAGUCUUCAGUGUUUUGUGAGUAACUUCUUGCAGUGCUUUGAAGCUUUUAGAUAAUCAUCGAUAUGAUUAGAUACACUAUAUUAUAAUACAGUAUAAUUCAACUUUCAAGCUUACCCAUAUAUAUCCCCUCCCUCUACCACAAAAGUCACAACACUGUCGAAUCUGUUUCAACGUGGAUCGGCCCGUUGGCGUCUGAACACCAAAAGUCCAACCCGGGCCGAUCCUGACACACCAUUUUUCCCGUCUCUUUACCCGUCUAUCUCUUAUAUAUCUUCACUCGUGCACCAUCUCAGCUUUUGUGCUUUCGACAUUCCCAUUAUAUAAUCCCGCGAGGCACACGUUCACCGUGCAUCCUGACAGGUGUCUACUUAUCUUUCCUUUAUUUCCGUUUCGAGUAGCUUUCCUCCCCCAUUUAACUAAUUAUGUAUCUUCUCGUGCAAUUAGAUCCGUUUCUCUGUUCGGUUGGUAUUACAUCUGUUUUGUUGCCUGUACAUGAUUUCGUAUUCAGUAAAUUUUGUAAGGCGCAAUCCACUCGAAGGAAAACCAGGUUGCGUUCGGUAGCCUCUGAUAUACCCUCUCUCCUCCCUACACACAUACACACGAUGAAUCUUAAUUCUUUUUCCACCUAUUUCAAUAUGAUUUUAUUCUGCCCUCAAUUUAUUUUGCGUGUGCUGUUGCCGAUGCUAAUAUCCCUACAGCAUUUACAUACAUACGAAGCUGAGUCGGACUCUUUUAAUGGUCUCUGAAAAUGACCUAGUCAAACAGAGUUCCGCAUUCCGUUCAACUUCUUUCCCUUCUAUAUAUUCCUUCUGUGUACUGAGCUGUAUACCUAGGAGCUGUAUACCUAGCAUCCGUGUAACGCCACUCUUCAAUACAUACCAUAUGGUGAAUAUUAAACAAAA